UAAAUAAUCCAAUAGUUUUUAAAGGUCAGUAUUGAAAUUCAUUGAUGAAAUUUUGCUUCAAAUACAAGUUUAUGAAUUUGAAUGAGCUUAAAAUAUUUGUUGUUUCACAUAAAAAGAUCUUUAUAAGUUAAACAUAAAAUGCCCAUGUGUCUUGAUGCAAUUUAACAUAAUUGAUAUACUAAUUCUCUUGAUAUUUACAAUUAUGUCAUAUUAUAUAUUACAUACAAUUAUAUCUUUAUACAAAUACAAUUAUUUACAAGUAAUGCUAAUCAAUCGUUAGCUUUAAUACAAUCAUUAACUAUAUUUACAGUUUUAUUCACAAGCUUUAGGAAUUGUCCACAAAUUAUGUCACACAGUUUUUGACUGUUUUCUGUUCCUUCUCUCUGCGCCACAACAGUCCUAUACUUGUCAUCACAGAACCCACUCUCUUAGAUCAUGAUGUAAUUUAUGGGCAACCGCUUAUGUUACAAGGAACAAUAAAUGGCAGACACAUGAAGUUGUUUUGAGGGGAAAAAUAAGUACUUUCCUUUAAAUAAUACCAAGACACACAUGAAAAGCCAUUGCUAUUCCCCAGUUUUACGAUUAAGUUGUUGGGAUUAAGUUGUUUUUAUCUCAUUAAAUACUCAUCAGUUAAAAGCAAAAUCAAUCAUAUAUUUCACAUUAGGGUGGUUCAAAUUUAGGUCAAAAAAUUUUUAAAAACUUAGUUUGUUGUCCAAACAAAGGUUCUACAUUUACACCAAAUUGUCCAGAUUCGGGAGAGAACUGCUGCGUUAUAUCUAAGCUGAAAGUUUGAUGGGAUUUAUAUUCAGAACUCGUGACAUACAAUGCGUUUUACGGUUAGUAAUAUUUAUGAAAUCUUAAUCUAAAUUAGCUUUACAGUUAUUUAAUAAGUCUUAUUUUUAGGAAAGAAGUCGAGGCUGUAGUAAUGAAAUAUAAAAAGCUGCAAUCGCUAAGAAACAGAUCAACACCAAGAGCAAUAAAAGAUAGAGAGAACUUCUUAAUAGAAUCUAAAAGGGUAUUCUGGUUAGGACUUGACAUACAAAUCAUGAUUGAUGAAAUAAAAAAGGAUAGAAAAAGAACUGAAGAAAGUAAAUGUAUGGACAUUAUGUUCUUGAAAAUGCAGAAGGAAAAAAGACAAGGUUGUCUAGGCAUUUCUGAUACUUGCUUCAAAAAGUCUGCAAAAAGAUCUGAAAAAAAAAAUUAAAAGUGAAUCAUCAGAGAAAAUAAGAGAUUUAGAUACAACUUAUAGCUCAGAAGGUGAUGUUAGUGAUUUUUCUUUAAGCUCAGAAUGCCUCAAGUCUGUUACAAGUGAGUCAAAUGACGAUUCUCAUGAAGAAGAGCAAAGUUUAUUAAUGCCUAAAGAUAUUUUAAAGCGUACAGCACUAACUGCUGUAGGAGGUCUUUCUAUCAAUCAGCACACUGCUAUCAUAAGCAGUGUUAUAGCAAUUUCAGGAGGAGAAAUAAAUAAAUUUGUUGUUUCCAAAUCAUCAUCUCUUCGAGCUGUAGAUAAAGUAAUAAAUUCGGAAGCUCAAAAAAUUAGACAGUAUAUAAAAGACUUGACUGACUCCAAAUAUAAACUGAUUUCUGUUCAAUUUGACGGGAAAAUAUUAAAAGAAUAUACAGAUAAAGUUUCAGUUACAAGAGAAAGAUUAGCAGUACUAGUGAAAGUGAAUGGGAAAACUGAGCUCCUAGGUAUUCCUCAUAUUGAGUCAGGUUCUGGGGAAAAUCAGUUUAGAGCAGUUUAUAAUCUAUUAGAUUCUUUUAGUCUUAGUCAUCAUAUACAGUGUAUAUGUUUUGAUACUACGCUUCAACACUGUUAAGCACCAAGGAGUUAUAACAAGAAUGGCUGAUAUGCUGGGAAGGCCACUACUUUUCCUUGCCUGUAGACAUAUAUUGGAAAGACAUCAUAUUUUGGAAAGACAUAUUACCCACUUUAACAAGAUAUAUCCCAGUAGUAAAACGUCUGGUCCAGAAAACCAGCUUUUUAAACACCUGAAAUCUGUUUGGAAUGAUCUUGAAAAAGACAUUGUUACAUUGAAGAGGAUUGAAACUCCAAAUGGAACUUGGAUAAAUAAACAACAUCUUGAAGCUGAAAAAUUCUACAGAGAUGCAAUAGAUAAUAGGAUCUACAAAAAGGUUAAUUACAGUUUUGUAGUAGCUUGCUUUAAAUAAUUUAAACAACCUGUAUACACAAUCAUAAUAAAAUAAAUCAUAAUCAUAAAUAUAAAAAAUCCUUUUCUUUUAGGAUGGUAAAUCAAGAAAGGAUUAUCAAGAAUUAGCGGAACUUUCUUUGGUGGUAGUUUCUCAAAAAGAUAGGUUCAAAUUUUGUAAUCCUGGUCCAAUACAUCAUGCAAGAUUCAUGUCAAAAGCGUUGUAUUAUCUUAAAAUGUAUUUACUAUUGGAAGCUAUUCCAAGUUUAUCAGAAGAAAAUAAAGAAGAGAUUCGUGAAAUGGCUAUGUUUGUCGGUAUCUUUUACACUCAAUGGUUUCUUAGAGCAGUAUCGGCAACUGCUGCGCCAUAUCAGGAUAUGAAAGCUCUGUGGCAGAUGAAGAGGUUCAUGGAUAUAAAUCUUCUUGGAGCUACUUUAGCAAUAAAAUCAUUUGACAGACACAGCUGGUACCUUGAUCCUGCCUUAGUUGUGCUUGCAUUAGCAGAUAAACAUUGCCCAAACAGUGAAGAUAUUGUCACAUCAUUAUACAAUAAACUUCCCAUCAAACCAAUAGUGUAUCCACUUGAACGUGUUAUGGUCAAUAAAGAGGUUCUUCACUCUCUAGACUUUUCACAAGACCAGCCUCCAUCUCUUUGUUCUCUAAUAACUGAGCAAUCUUGGCUCAUCUUUGAUAAGAUGGAACAUAGAAAGGGUGAGUUGCAGUGGCUAAAGAUCCCCUCGCAGUUUUGGAAGUUUAACGAUUUUUAUCUUGAGUUUGAAUCUACUAUUAAAUCUCUAGAUGUGGUUCGUCAGAGAGGACCAUAAAUCUAGUAAAAGAGCUGAUUGGAAAAUCAAUGAAAGAGAAGAAGAGACAAGAUUUGUUCUUGUUAAACCAUGUUUACAAAAGAAAUAAAAAAAGGACAAAGAAAAAAGAUUUAACAUCAAAUGUAAUUAGUAGUAUUUUAAAAUACUGAUUGUUGGUUAUUUAAUCAAAGUUUGAAAUUAUGUUAACUUUAUUUUUAUUUAUUCCCAUUUCUCUACCUGCAACUCGUAAUAAAGUUAUAUUAUUAGGGGAGUGGUAAUCCAACUUCAUCUAGAUUCAUCUCUAAGUUUAACAUCAAAAAUUAUGUAAUACAUUAAACUAGAUUUUGUAAUAAAAAUACCAUAGAACUAUACGUUGAGCUUUUAACUUCCUCUUUUUGGGGAGGGUGGCAACUUUACAUGGUCAUAACUUUUGAACGCUACAAUAUUAAAUGAAAUUUGAAAUCUGUCGAUAAAUGUAAAUUUAGUUCAGAAUAACAAUAGUAUAAAUUUGGGCAACUUAUUGCCCUCACCAUUAGGGUAGGGGGGGGAUAAGUUUUACGGUUUUUUUAGAUCUCAGGCUCCAAUCACUGGAAUUUUUUUAAAGCAUCACAAUAUGAUAUAAGUAUAGAUAUACGUAGUUUUAAAGUUUUUUCCAUAUCUACAUGUUAUUUAUCACAAGCAGCAACGAAAGCUACCGCAAUCACUGAAAUAAAGAAAAUCGUUUUUUUGUCAAUAUUUAGCGACUUUUCUAUAAGUUUUUCAGUGUUGAAAGGUAAUAAUACAAAUAGAGUGCCUUUUUAUUUUAUUAUAUAGGUUCUUGUAAGAAUAUGUAAAAAAAAAUAAUUUGAAUUUAAUGUUUAAGGGUGGCACACGCGGGUCAAAAAACAUCAAAAAAAAAGUACUUUUGGGCCGUGUGCCACCCUUAAACUUCAAAAAAAAAAGAAAAAAAAAGUCCUAUAUAUAAAACAAGGGUCUAUGCACCUUAUAAACUUCCACUCUAGUCGUAAAAAUUUUUUGACCUAAAUUUGAACCACCCUAUUUCACAUUUUAUUUUAUUUUUUAAACAAUUUUAUGAAUAUUUUUUAGGACUGUUUUGGUACUGAAUUUUUAACUAUUAUUAAC